CAUUAUUUAGAAUAGUUUUAGCAAAAAUAAUAUCAUUUAACCUGCGGACAGCUUCAGAGAAAGGUGGCAUAAAAAUGCUGUCGUUCGGAUUAUGGUAUUUCGUGAUUGCUGCUGCUUCAACGGCCGCAGACACGGAAGUUGUGGUUCUUCGAGCCGUACGUGGUAGGAAUGCUCGUCUCCCUUGCGGCCAGGGUAAAGUGUUCCUUGACGGGCCCGAUUCUUACGUUUUGUGGGUGAAGAACGAGAGAGACGUCUUGUAUCGCUUCCCGAAUAAUGAAACUGAUAAUAGGGCCUUCGCGUCGGACCGCGUGUACGGUACCACUUGUGAAUCUGGUUCGUGUCAUGACGACACAGCACUCCUCCUGAAGCACGUGAGCGACGAGGACGCCGGGACGUACCGCUGCCGUGUCCACUACCAGGCUUCGCCAUCAGUCGACCACGUUGUUGACCUAAGACUUGUUGAUUCGCCUGGAGCUCCGAAGAUAUACAAUGAAAAUAACGAGCUGAUCAAACUUGGCUACGUCGGGCCCAUUAGCUUGGGAGCCAACCUGACCUUCGUUUGUAAAGUCGCUGAUGAUCAACCAAAAACUCUAGUGUAUUGGCGUCGCAAUGGCGCUGUGAUAAAACGCGCAGAAGCUGCCCGUUCUGGUCUGCUGGUUGCAGAAAUACGUGUUGUAAAUGCGACACGCAAUGAACUCGAUGCUCACUACGAGUGUCUUGCGCAAAACGCUGACGUCACGGAUCCGUUAACUGCCAGCUUUGUUGUGAAGAUGUUCCUACCACCAAUGCGCGUGGAGAUCAGGUUAAAUAACAACUUGAACUUCGAAGCUGGACAGCCGCGUGUGGUGGAUUGUGUCGUGGUUGGCUGCGUGCCACCACCGUCUAUAACUUGGCACCUCGGGGAUAACAUGCUGAGGCCGAGUGUUCAUAAGGAACUUCACGACGGCAACUAUACAGUGUCAUCUUUGACACUAGCUCCAUCGCUGCGCGACAACAAACACGACUUAACUUGUAGAGCACACAAUUCGCAUCUACCUAACGAUUUGUUUGAGAACAAAGUCAAGCUCAAUGUUGGAUUUCGUCCAUUCUGUUUGUCAAAUCGGCAAGACGAUGUCGGGGCUGUACACGGAGAGGCCGAAACAGUGACGUGCGUGGUGGAAGCAUCACCCGAACCGAUGCAAUUCAGUUGGACCUUUGCUGAUUCCAAAACAUUAUACACUAGUGUCAAGAAGGUUAGUGGACACAACCACCGCUACAUGUCAUCGCUGACAUGGAAACCACGCGAGGAAGAUCUUGGCCAGCUCGUCUGCCGGGCCACCAAUUCUUUCGGGGAGCAGAAGCGACCCUGCACGUACACCAUUACACCAGGGGGCGCACCUAUCUCACCCGAGUGUGUAGUCAUUCGAUCUUACCCUAAUGUCCUAAGGGUCCAAUGUAAAAAAGCUUGGAACGGUGGUCGGCCUCAAACGGUGCACCUAGAGAUCGUGGAUGAAAGCGGUAAACUGUUACACAACGUUACGGACUCAGCUGGCCACUUCCACGUUACCGAUAUCGAAGACGAACGAAAUUUGACCGCGUUUGUAUACGCGAGCAACGUCCGAGGUCGCAGCCAAUCGAGGAUCAUGCGUCUGCAGAGCAUGAAGCCUUUGACUUCAUCAGUAUCGGACGACCCUCCUAUCCCGACUUGGACGCGCUGGCUAGAGGCAGUAGCCGCUGGGAUAGCUGUGGCAGUUGCAAUAGCUUCAACGGCAAUAUGCAUUAAGGCAUUUAAGUCACGAGAGGAUUUUCCUGACUUCAGCCCCGAUUUGGUGCCACGUCCUGAUGGAGUAUUCCACCGUGAGCCCGAUUUCACAAGGGAGGAACGAGUUCUGGGAACCACUAAUAUUACUGUCAAUCAAUUGGCGGCGUGUCAGAAUCAAUACGCCACGCCACCGGUACCAUCGUGCCGUGUGAUGGUGGGAUGCGCAGGACACACUCCAGCGAACGACUCGUGCCCAGCGACCACCCAGCAGUCUUACUUUGUUUAAGCAGAUCGUCUACAAGAUCAAAGUAGACGAAGCGUUCUGAACAAAAUUUUGUAGGCAGCGGCUUGGCUCUGCCCUUGGCAUUGCUGAAGUCCAUGGGCGACGGUAACCACUCACCAUCAGGUGGGCCGUGUGCUCGUCUGCCUACAAGGGCAAAAAAGCAUAAGAUACCUGAAUAAGAAAAAGGUGCAUUUGCAAAACGGAGAAGAUCUAAUAGCUAUUAGGUAUUGACAACGCUUCGUCUACGUUUUUCUUAUAGAAAGAAACUUCUGAUGUGCGCAUCCGGAAAGACUUGGAUUUUCUUUUGACAGCUACGUUCAUAAUCUCGUUCAUGAUAGAUUAAGUUUUUUUUUCUUUUUUAAAGAAAGUAUCUUUUUUUCUAUUUUUCUAACAUUAGGUAUAGCUAUAGAAAUAUAGGCAUUCGCUUUUAAGCUGUGUGCUAUUUUGUUACUAACAUUCAUUUUAUAGUAGUAAUUUAGUUGUACCUUGACUUUAAGAUGAAAUAUUUUUCUAUUAUUUUUGACAGCAAUCCUACUCGUGUUCGUUGACUGCGGUAGUAGAUUUCGUAAAAGCGAAAAGAAAAAAACAAAUAAUAAAGCGGAAAGAUUAAACUUGUAUUUUUGAGAAUUCAACAGAACUGACAAUAGUAUCUAUAGACUUUACUUAUUCACGCUGUUUCAAUGACAAACAGCGUGUCUUUAAGAAGUUAUUUUUAAUCAGGAGGUAAUUAAUACUAAAUAUGUGCACAGAAUACAUAUCUGAUACAUAUUUGGUAUGAUUUAUCAUUUCGCAAAAAAGUAUCUACUGAUUUUACUUGAAUACAUAAAUAUGUAAUAUAUUUAGUAAAAUACAGUAGGUAUCUAUAGUAUCUAUAAACAAUUAUACCAAAAAACCAAACCCUAUUAAGAUGAAUUAAAACUGACCAAGUAUAACUUAUCGAUUAAUCUUUCGAGCCGAAUUAGAGACUAUCAAAUUUCAUCUAGGUACAUGUUGACGUAUCUUAACAUAUUAAACACUUAAUUCAUUUAAGACAUUUAUUUACUAACUUUUUCUACUUUUUUAUUAAAUUUAGUUACUUUUAUUAUUUUUCCUAAUUCUAUUUUAAAACUGUUGGUGAAUAGCAUGUGCCAUUGUAUUAAAUUUAAUGUUGCACUUACGACAUACUAUACUACAGAAACUGGUAACCGGACAACAGUAACAUAACAAUUGCAGUUAUGAGUUCAGUUCAAGUCGUUUGUCGUGGCCCCAAAUGACGUCACUUGUAAUGAAGUUGCGUUCAGUCGAGUUUUGAGCGGCUCGGUUCCCUGUAGCGAUGCUGUCGUUGUUCCGAUUAACGUUAUAUCGGAGAUGGACCAACGAGUGCCACAGACUAUACGACUCACUGACUUGAAAACCUGUACCAUUAUGUUGUACUAUGCUUAUUUGUAGUAUGUAGUAUUUACAUAUUAAAUGAUUUAUACACAGCCGAGCUUAUAUAGAUAUUGUUAAAAACUAUACUGUA